AUGGCCAAAUCCCCAAUUAUUCAUGUCUUCGAUCAAGGAGACUAUUCCAAACACCGCCUCGUUACCCUCCCGCCAACGGAUCCUCAACCCCUCCCUCCAUCAUCUCUCCGUCUUAGAACCCGCAUCCUAGGCCAAACGACGAACAAUCUCACGUAUGCCAACCUAGGAUUUGCAAUGGGCUGGUGGGACAUUUACCCUCUUCCCAAAAAUACACCAGCUCCGUACAACGACCGGUCCAAAUAUGCCACUAUCGCAGGCUGGGGAUACGCCGACGUCGUGGAAAGCACCGUUCCAGGCACUCCCACCGGAGGUAGCGUUUACGGAUACGUGCACAUCGGAACCGGGACGUGGGAUGUUAGCAUCGAGGAGACUGGGUGCAAAGAUCAAAUCCUCGUGACGAGUCCGCACCGCCAGCAUCUCUGGAAAAUAUAUAAUCGGCUUUCCGUGCAUCCAUCCCUGGAGAAACUGGAGAACGAAAACGGACAAGAUGUUCUGGGCUGGGACGCGCUGAUGAUGACGCUCUUCGGCACGGGAUAUAAUCUCAGCACCUUCGGCUUUGCGUGGGACGACAGUUUGCGCAUCCAUCCCAUGGGCGAAGGAGAGUGGAGCGCUGAAGACGCGAGUCUGGACGAUGCGCUCGUGGUGGUAUUGAAUGCGAGUGGGAAAACGGGCAUGUCUUUCGCAUAUGCAUUACGGCAUGCUAGACCGAAGGCGCACCAGCCUCGCACUAUCGUAGGCGUGGGAUCGGACAAGUCGAGACCUCUUCUCGAGAAUUGCGGAUUUUACGAUGAGUUGCUUCUGAACGGCGAUGCCGAAAGAGUUAAAUUGCUGGUAGCAAAGCAGAAGCCGAGGAAGGUAGCCUUGCUGGAUUUUGGCGCCCGGCCUGGGACCAUGGCGUCGUACACUGAGACUUUAUCGUCCAUCGGCGUUCCUCUCUAUCGGUUCUUCGUUGGCGGCGACAACAGGCCUGCGAAAGCGAGCGAUCUCAUGAAAGCGCGCGGAGCGAGGGGCGAGGGUGUGCAAGUCAACGCCAACACAUUGAGAGAGAAGGGCAUUGAGGUUGGUGGGGAGAAGUACUUCACAGAUUUUGAUAAGGCGUGGGAAGGAUUUAUCAAGCAAGGUGCGAUCAAGGGCACUAAAUUGGUUUGGGGCGAGGGAAUGGGGGUGGGAGAAAGGCUGGGAAGCCUUCUGUAA